GAAAACUGCUCACAAAAUCCCCAAAAUUCUGUAUUUAAAAUAGCCUGCAAUAUUUUUAAGCCAUGUUCAAAUGUAUAUUAGGUAAAACCAAAAUGUUCCACAAUUUUUUACUUCAAAUGAGACUAUUUUUUGCUGCUUGGAUAAGAUGCUGCUUACUCCAGGACAGGCAUUUUAUUUUUAUUUAUUUAUUUUACUCAGCUUUGGGCUUACCCUGGAUUGCACCAAAUGUGAUGCAAUGAUGCAUCGCCACCAGCUGAGGCGCCCUUUUCCUCUGCAGACGCACUGAGCUGCUCUGCCUGCUGUUUUGUCCAGCUCUUCUACUCAGAUCCAGGCUUUACCCACAUUCCAGCAAUUUGCUAAUCCAGAGCUUCUCAACACCUCUGCAGUGCAGCCAUGGCCACCACAGAAAUCAUGUUUCCAGACCAAAGCGAUUUUGAAUAUGACUAUGAAACCUUGCGGACAACAGGGGUGACCCUUGCAGUUGUUUUGUUUGUCGCGGGCAUUUUUAUAGCUUUGAGUAAAAAAAAUUGCAAGAUGUGUAAAACCUUCCUCCAAAUCCAAUUCCAAUGGUACCCAAAUUCCAAAAACAGAAGUUCCCCCUCCAGCUGUAUGAAAAUCACAACGCAAGCUUAAAGGAAGAAAGAUGCAUUCGCAGGGUCUACACCACCAACUAUGCACCAGCUGCUCUGUGGCAAUUCUUUCACAGGCUAAUAUUGGUCGGCCGCCUGGAUUAUUUAUCCCCAGAAACUUUUAUCUUAUCAUAACCUCAGUAUACUGAAAAAAGAACUGCUCAUCCACAUGUGGAGAAAAUGCAUGAAAAACAUAUGCAGGCAUGAUUUCUAUUCAACUUGUGCUAUCGUAACAGCAUGUUUUAGUGAAAGAUCACAAAUGUAUGAAGCUUUUUUAUUUAUCAUUUUAUUGUGUUCUCAUAGCCAUGAUUUUUCUGUAAAAUGAACAGAAUAAGAGUACAAUAAAUAAAUCAAAUGUUGAUAUAAAAACCCAUUAAAAAGACAACACAGUGUAAUGCAUUUAAGGUUCCUUUGUCUUGUAAAAAUUAAAGAAAAAAAGCACACACAAAAAAUAAUUGCAUUUUUGCUUCAAUAGAAGGAUAACAUAGAAAAGCCCUGAAAUAUUGUGUGAAUAUUUAAAUAGUUACUUCAAAUUAAGAUUAAGAAACAAUGAUUGCUUACAUCAUUUCUCCAACUAUCAUUUUGCCUGGAAUCAAAUACAGUAAAUGUUGAUCAUUUAAAGAAAACAUGGUUUACUACCACAGCUGACCCUUGUGCUUUACAGGAAUUGGCAGCAUGUUAAAGGUCAAAGAUGACACACUCCUAUGAGAUCAAAUGACUUCACUGUCCCCUCAAGGGUUUGAUUUCGCUGUCAAAUUCAGUAAAAGUGGGUGGAACGAGUGCUUGAAAAAUAAACACUUCUUGGUGAAAUUCA